AAAUACGGAGCUACAAGGAAAAGUGAGAAACAAAGGAAAAAACAAGCUCAGGAAAAGAGGUUCAAACAGCAUUUCAGGCGUGGAGGGACAGCUCAGAAUCCACAGAGUCGUGUAAAGGCAGAGGUUUUUUAGAACAAGAUCCUAUGUGACUUCCUCUUUGCUGCUAAAGUGUUCCCUUGCCUUCAGAGGUUUCAUCCACUUACCUCUGUGUGUUAUGUUGGAUGUUAUCUUGCUUCCUCUGACCCUAACCAAAAUGGAAAGAACUACUUUGUGCUAGUGGACACACCGGUCUUGAGGAGGUCUGCGUGGUAGAUCCACAUGGAGAAGACAGAAAGUGGAUAACAGUGCUGACUUCAAUAAGAUUACACGGUUUUGCCAUCGGCAGAUAUUUUCUUCAUCUUCACUCAUAUACUCUCAGUAGAUACACUGAACUGGCUUACCUUUUCUUGCUGUAGCUACCUUCCCCUCCCCUUGCUGGGUGGUUGCUGUGGAGAUGACAGUGGUGGCGCAGUAGCCAUAGCAAUGGGGAGUGCGCCAUGUUCUGGUAAGGGGAGGGGGGUAGGUGGGUUUCAGGAGCUGGGCUGUAUGCCAUGGAAGGUGAGCAAGCAGAAAGGUGAAGGUGAUGGAAGUGGCUGUGGUCCUGGGGUUGAUGAAGGGCAUCAUGCCAGAACUCUUCCUGUUCCCCCACAACCCACUGCCAUCUACCAUGAGAAGCAGCGCAGAGAGUUGUGUGCCCUGCAUGCACUAAAUAACGUCUUCCAGGACGGUGCUGCCUUCAGCAGAGAUGCACUUCAAGACAUUUACCAGAGGCUCUCCCCAAGCACGUUGGUAACACCCCACAAGAAGAGCAUGUUGGGUAAUGGCAACUAUGAUGUGAACGUUAUCAUGGCUGCAUUGCAGACCCGUGGAUUUGAAGCUGUCUGGUGGGACAAAAGAAGGGAUGUUUGUAGUAUUGCCCUGCCAAAUGUGACAGGCUUCAUUUUGAAUGUGCCAUCCAACCUACGCUGGGGACCUCUAAGGCUGCCACUCAAACGACAGCACUGGAUUGGAGUGAGGGAAGUGGGAGGAGUCUACUAUAACCUGGAUUCAAAACUACGCAGUCCUCAUGCCAUUGGAACAGCUGAUGAACUCAGGAAGUUCUUGUGUCACCAGCUUCGAGGGAAGAACUGUGAACUCUUGUUGGUUGUGCCCGAGGAGGUGGAGGCCCACCAGACAUGGAGGGAGUGCUGAAUAAGAAUCUAAAGCAGAACAGCAUGGUACAGUGAUAACUGGAUGUUUCAUGUAAGUUUUGCAUAUUGCAAGUCAUGGUAAAAUUGUCACUUUCAUUCUAUCAUUACACACAUGCUUCCUAAUGGUUACAGUUCUACUCUACAAUUAACUACAAUAAAAACUAUGGAUUGAAGCCUUUUGAUGACUGUUCAACAUGGGUAGUGGAAGAAGUAUCCUUGUGUCCAACUGCCAAGCAAUCUGUACUGUAUUUUGAAAUGAUUCUAAAAAAUCUUUUGAGUAUGCUGUUCUUUUUAAUCUCAAAAGUGAAAUUAUGGAACUCCCAAGAAUUAAUUAGUUCUUAAUAUAAGUUGAAGAAGGGACUCUUAAACAAGUCAUUCAUUUUGAGUUGGAUAAUGAAGCAAAAUUAACAAUACCACUGUAAUUUAGGUUGAUUCAAGGCUGUGUACACUGUUUACUAAGGAAGCAAGAUAGUCAUAAUGCUCAAAAGGGAAAUCUAAAUGAAUGCCUCAGGUUUUCUUAAGAAUUUUCACACUUGAUUCAAAUAAUAGCUGGAUACAGAAACAAGGCAACUUCCACUCUAAUAACCUUGUCACGCUAAACCUAUAAGUAAAUUAAUGAAAAAUCUGAUGUAAUUAAGGAACAUUCCACCUUUACAUAAACAGGGUGCUUUAUAAAACUGUAGAAGUGUUUUUAUUUCUUUGCCAUGACAAUCUCAAUCUCCCUUGUCCCUUUUUAGGGCAGGUAUGGUCACAAUUUGCUCAUGCCAUUAUUUGUUUCCCAUGCAAAUGUUUGUAAUGGCACUUUAUGUAUAAUCCGAGAUGUGUUGUGACAUCAAUAAAAUGUCUUUGUAUGUACAA